UCAGUAAUUUUGGCGAAAUUUCUUUGUCGCAAAAGAACAUAUUAUAGGCAAAAAUACACCAGCAAAUUUAAAAUUUACGAUGUAAACUGAUGAAUGAAUACUUCAAUCGCCAAACUGGAUAAUUGUGAUUGCGACAAAGUGUUGAUUCAACUCGAGCGACUACGUCUGCAGGCUUGAGCAAGCUAGCUACAGACAGCCGCCAACAAUGGAAGAGCAGGCCUACGACAUGGAGACCAGCACCUCUACUGAGAUUGCCACAGAGUCGGACGUCAAUCACAACUCAUCCGGAACUGAGGAACGUCCAAAGAGUAUUGAAACUACGGAAGAAAAACGUACUGAAAAUCCAGAACACGUAGACCUUGUGGAGGAAAUAUGUAUAGAGGCUACUGACAUCUACAAAGAAGUGGUGAAUAUUAUGUCAAUAGAUAACGAUUCAAACGUCAUGACGACCGACCUGGUCACAGCAGACGUUGCGACGUCUGAGACUUAUCAUGGUGGUUUACAGUGCAUUGGGUCCAAUUCCCAACCUAUAUUCUGCGGGACAGAGGAGGUAAUAGUUGUUGAACAGGCUGUGGAUAAAAAACCUAGCUUUGAUACCGGUGUCAUCAUUGAGCAGGUCAUGUCCGAGGUUAGCUCUCCUUCCUUAGCAUGUAAUGCGGUGCGUGCUAGCAGUGUGGAUCAGGCACAGCAAGGUGAUUUCCAGAAUAGAUCGGAAAUUCAAGCUAAACCAAAUAUUGACGAACAAUUCACUGUUGAACAAAAUGAUUUGGACAAUGUUGCCACCUAUGAGAUUGAAGCUAAACCAGACAUCAAUGUUGACAUGGUGGUGCAAAUAUUUUCAAAUAAAGAUGCAGAGUCCGGUGAGAUUGUACAAGGUGAUUUGCAGAAUGACUUGAGUAUAGAAACUACAUCAGAUGUUGGCAGUGGAUACACUGUAGAACAAAACCCUGUCCCUUUUUUUGAAAUUGGUACUAAACCCCAAGCAGGGGUGUACUUUAUUCAGAAAGAUUAUCUGGGGAAAGCCGUGCGGCAAAAUUUUCUUGGGAUACAAAACACAGAUGUGGCACCAGAGGUGAAGGCGUCAACAGGUGUUACUGAGGUGACUGGUAUUGCAGAGGAGAUUGAGUCAACAAGUGUUGCAGAGGUGAAUGCGUCGACAGGUGUUACUGAGGUGACUGGUAUUGCAGAGGAGAUUGAGUCAACAAGUGUUGCAGAGGUGAAUGCGUUGAUUGGUGUUGCUGUGGAGAUUGAGUCCACUGGUGUUGCAGAGGUGAAUCAGGCGACUGGUGAAGCAUCAGACCAACUGGAGAAGGAGGAUGUUGGGGAGGAGAAGGACACCAACAAGAGAAAAAGUAGUGACCCUGAUUAUGGGAAAGCGAUGGAGGAAUUUAUGAAAGAACAUGAAGUAGAUUCUGAUGGCAGUGACGACAACACGAUAGUUAGUUCUGGGAGUGAUCUGGAUGAGGACGGUGAAAGUGUUCCCAAGGAGUCUCCGAAGGCAUCAAAAGUGGCACCACAAGGCUUGAGAAGGCAUGAGAAGGGUGCAUUUGGUAUCAUUGCCUCGCCGGGGUCAAACCUUGAUGGACAUCAGAGACUCAAAGGGACCACACCUGCACACUCCAAGAGAAGCAGAGAUGGAAAUGACGGAGCACCAACUCCUGGCCCCAGUGGUGAACCGAUGGUGUCCUAUAUGACAACAGGCAUAACCCAUCGCAGGGAGUCUCCGAAGAAACGUAAAUUGAAUGAAGAAGGUGACAGUCAGCCAGACAAACGGGUUCCUCUGGCUUCACCGUUCCAGUUCGAGUGUCUGAAGUGCGGAAACGUCUUUAAAAACACAGGCGACGUCUGCCCGUGUACUCAAAACACUGGUGUUCCUAAACAAAGUACACAGAACACUGGGGUACAUGAGAACACUGGUGUUACCCCAGGUACCUUGAACACCAAGUGUCUGGUGGCCAUGGCAACAGACUUAAAACAAAAACUUUCCGAGGAAAUUGGAAAAAAUGAUCAAGGGAAUGCAAAGGGUGUUCAAAUCGAAAAGACGACCGGAAAGAAAAAUGCACGGACCCGGAUGAUUUGGUAUAAAAUUCCCGACGAGUUUGACGUGGAGAAAUUAAAUGUUUUGAACGCGGCCUACGUGUGUGCCAAGUGCGACCAUAGGGGCGACAUCAAUGGGUGCUCUUGUAAGAAGCCGGGAAUCUUCGGGACGAAGAUGUUUAGGUACAAGUGUCUGGAGCACUGCGGCCGUGAGUUCUUCAAUCGGCGCGAUUACGAGAAUCACCAGCGUAUGCACCUGAAUGUUCGACCAUUCGCCUGCGGUCUGUGCGACAAGACUUUCACGUCGAAGAAUUUGAUGAACCGACAUUCACAGGUGCACGUUGGAGACAAACCCCAUAAAUGCGACGAAUGCCACAAGCGUUUCAUGUUCAGACGCGACAUGGAGAUCCACGCCCGCACCCACACUGGGGAAAAAACUUUCAUCUGUGAGGACUGUGGGAAUGCCUACACCAGCGAAACUAACCUCCAGAUCCACCGACUCUCUCACACAGGAGGUGAACCGUUCCGGUGCAGGAAAUGCGAGAAGGUUUACCUGUCCAAGAGUCUACGUGACAUCCAUGAGUUGUCCCACACGGGCGAGGGCCCGUUCCCUUGUCAAUUUUGCGGACGUCUCUUCAAUGGCCAGUCUAAUUUGAUCAGGCAUAAGAAGAGAGUCCACAAGGAGAAGAACCCGCCGAUGGUCACAUGUUACAGUUGUCGGGCGGCUUUCAACAACUGCGAUGAAUUACUGGAACAUUGCCAACAGCAUUAUACAGAGCCAGCCCACAAGUGUCAACAUUGCAGUAAAGAAUACGUGACUAAGGUUGAACUUGAAGCCCACGAGCGACGUCACCAGUCCGUUCACGCCAAGCCGUUCAAAUGCGACGAAUGUUCACGCUGCUUUCUCUCCGAUCACAAUCUGCAGAAACAUCGCAAGCUCCACACGAACGGUAGCUCAUUCAGCUGUUGGAUCUGCGAUGAAAAGUUCACCGAUCGCGCCGUUUUAUCAGAACAUAUGAAACGACAUCGACUGCAAGGAAAAGAAGGACUGUGGUGUAAAAUUUGCAAAAAAGGAUUCGCCAAUGCCUCGAAUUUUGUCCGUCAUCGCAAGGCGCAUAAUUUGGCAGAGUCGCCGCAUAUUUGCGCUGAGUGUGGCGCCAUCUUUGCGACGAAUUGGAAACUGAAGAAUCAUAAAGUUUUACAUUCGGACGAGAAGCCGUUUGCCUGUAAGAAUUGUCCGAAAACAUUCAAAACUGCCGAAAGUUUGAAGGGACAUCAGAAAAUUCAUUCCGAGACAAAACCGUUUAUUUGUCAAACCUGCGGGAAGUGUUUCCGAUCAAAGGCGCAUCUUUCGAUUCACAAACGCAUCCACACUGGGGUCUACCCAUUCAAAUGCAAGGAGUGCGGUCGUAACUUCAUCUGUUCGAGUAAUUUGAAAGCCCACAUGUUGACGCGUCACUCGCAGGUAGUUUAUAAGAUCGGCGAUGCCACCGUUGGGGUGGCGAAGCAAGGUGACAAAGUAAAACCUGGGGGACGGCGCCGAAUGAACGAAAAAGGCGACGCGUACCCGAUUUCUGUGCCUGUUGUGGCCUUAGGGCGAGAAAAUGAGGCAUCUGGUUCAUAUUUUCGACCAAGAAAAGUCCCAAUGGCUACUGCAACCGUUAGCCGGAGGAAAAGGGCUCCACGGAAUCUGACCUAUACCCUGAGGGGAUGCGCCCAAAAGGAGGAGGCAUUUCCCGUAGCGGUUGCGGCGGUGGAUUAUUCCUCCACCGGUUUGAACCGACGCUCCGGUUCUGAUCCACAGGCGAAUAAACCGCUUGAGUUCAGUGACCAAAAACAGAACGACGGUGAAAAUUCACCGAAUACAGGACUGCAGAAAAUGGAUUCCUCUCCGGCGGAAUGAGUUUGUAUGGCUAGUUCUGUUGCCACUACUGGUUGAGUCGAAACUGAAAGUUAACAGUCAGCUGGUUCUGCGAUUGAGUAAAAAAUUGUAAGUUUUUAAUACAUUCCAUGAUAAUUGUCCAUAGAUUAGUUGGUAGAUUUGAAGUUUGUGCGCUUAAAGAAUUGUAAAUAGCAAAAUGUGUUGACACUUUUGAGCUGAUUGAGCUGCUUCUGUUACUCAUAUGGUUAUCACAUGUAAAAUGGCCUUCUGCUCAGGGCUCCCGCGACUGGCUAAACUGUGUCUAGACAGUACAUAGGUCUGUACAUAGGUCCAGUGUGGUUGUCCAGUGUGGUUAUCAGAAGCUAACAAACAUCGAAAUGCAGAUUUUUAUUGCCAGAGUACAAUUUUAAGGAGCAAGAAACUCGAUGUGUCACUCAAUACAGCAUUUCUUGAUGGCAGUAUAGUAUAGACCACUGCCUUAAAGACUUGUUUCUGAGACAUCCUGUACUGUCUUGCCCGGCCUUUACAUCAAUUACAAUGAAAAUCUCAAAAUCUCAUUUGAAAUAUUGAUAUAUGAUUGAUAUUGUAAACUGACUGCAUUAUAAAUUUCUUUGGUGUAGCAGAUGAGGAUUCCAAUUGAGAGUUUUCAAUUGUAUGAUACUUUGGGGAAGAUAAAGCUGCAAGAAGACUAUUGAAAGAUGGAAACGCAAACCAAAAGACAGAUACACUGAAUCUUGUAUAAAUACUAAGAAAGUUUCAAGAUCUGGACAUGCUCCCUUUCGGUCUCUCGGCCUAUUGGCUAAGAUUCAGUUGGGAAAGCUUGGUUCAGAAGUCCUGUUCCAUCUUGGUUUCUCGGCCUAUUGGCUAAGAUUCUGUUUGGACAUCAUGGAUUUGUCAUCUCAGCUGCAUUCUCGGCCUAUUGGCUAAGAUUCAGCUGUGAUCAGCUAUCAUCAGCUGCGUAUUUCCUGCAUUAAUAAUGUGUUGGAUAUGAAGAAUAAAAGUUGUGGAGCAAUUGUACAGGAAUUUUUUUAUUGAAAAAACAGUAUUGGGGUACCUCUUGGAUGUUCCAUGUAGCAAAAUUAAUGAGUUUAUCACCAGAAUCUCACUUGCUAACUUGAUAUGUCACUGAUUGAGACCCAAACUGCAUAAGAAUGUGUACCUUUUUUCUUAAAAACAGUAUGGAUAUCCUUAGUCAUAGUGGCUUCAAGGUCAUUUUUUUAAACACUUCAAAAUAAUAGAUUUCGUUGCGAUCAUCGAAUUGAAAUAUUUGGAUCCUCAUAUGGUACAUUAAUAUGCAUUCACUAACCAAAUUUUAGGCCAUUCCAAGAAAGUGUCAACACCCCUUUAACAACAAAAAAUUGGUUUAUAAAAAAACCUUUAAAAAAUCCUCCCAGCCUCUUUUGAUUCCUAGCAAUUAUACGCUUAGUUUUUAGUCAAGAUUUGAAUCUGUAUACAGUACUUUUCUGCUGCACUUCAGUUUGAUAUUUUCUCGUUUGUAUAAUUAUACAUGUACAUGUAUAUCAAUAUGAUGUGAUAUUGAGAUUGUCCAAAUAAA